AUGUUCGAUAACACGCAGUAUCCUUACAACUGCUUCAACUACGACGGUGAUGAUUACCCCGCCUGCAGCUCCGACGAGGAGAAGAAACUCAGCCGCCCAGCUUACAGCUACAUUGCCUUGAUUGCAAUGGCCAUCCAGCAAAGCCCUGCCAAUAAAGUGACGCUGUCUGGCAUUUAUGACUUUAUAAUGAAGAAAUUCCCUUACUACAGAUCAAACCAAAGAGCCUGGCAAAACUCCAUUAGGCAUAACCUAUCCCUUAACAGUUGUUUUGUAAAGGUCCCCAGGAUGGAAGGGAAUGAGAAGGGGAAGGGAAACUAUUGGACUUUUGCUUCAGGAUGUGAGUCCAUGCUGGAUCUCUUUGAAAAUGGGAAUUAUCGGAGGAGGCGUAGAAGGAGAAAUAUGAAAAAGGAACCUAAAGAGCAGAAGUCAGGUGGGACUGUGAGGCCUUCCACCCCUGAUCUGCCCAGUAUGGAUUCAUGUUCGGAGGGCACCCACCUCAAUGAAGGCACAACUAAGAAACACGAAGUCAGAGCCCCUCACCUAGAUCCUUCGCCAUUCUUUCCAAAUGGCCUCUCUAGUCAACAGAACCUAAGCAAUGCCUCUCUUGGAAAAUCUGACUCAGAAAUUAAAUUUAGCAUCGAUUACAUCCUCUCAUCACCCGAUCCUUUGCCUGCCCUAAGAUCGCCCUUCAGUACCCAAGAUAAUAAAUAUCAUCUACUGGAGCCUCAACAAAUUAACCUCCAGUUUUGGACAAUGUGA